AUGCCUCCAUGGCCACCUCGGCAACACGCUCACACCUCAACCACCUUCAACGGCACAACACCCAACGCAUCGUCAAGCCGGAUUAAUACCAAUCGACCACUCCCGCCGCUCCCUCCGACGGCUGUAGAACUUGAUUUACCUACACACUACCCAAGUCGGAGAGCGGAGCCGGAAGCAACAUCUGCUAGGCAUGGCCGGUCAUUCAGCCAUCCAUUUCCUUCUUUCUUUGGGGGUGGCAGUAAAAGGUCACAGAAGCGGAACCUGAAAUCCAAAGUCAACAUCGACUCGACCGACGAUGAUGAACCGUUCGACGAUGGGCGCUCCAAGAAUUCUGCAAUUGUCCCGUCUCGCAACUCCUCUGUCAAUGCGAGCAGCGAGCCGAUGACAGGCAAAUGUAUGGCCUGUGAUUCUGCUGUCAAAUGGCCACGAGACCUGAAAGUGUUUCGAUGUACUAUUUGUCUUACGGUCAACGAUCUGGAGCCUUAUCAGGAGACGAAUUCACAACCGCUCGAGACGAAUCAGACCAAUACGCAUGCACAAUUUGCGGUGCCAAGAAAACCCGUUCCCCUGUCUCUUGAACGAACCCGAGCUAUCAUUGAACACUCUUUACGAGUGUACUUGAGCGCACGCUCUGAAGGGGCGACGACACAAACAGAAGAUGGCUUAGAAGCAGGCUCAAGACCUAUCCUUGAACCCAGAAGUCAAUCUAGCGAUAAUCAAUCUAGACCCAGACUGAAUAGGAGAAACCCAUCAGGAUCUGGAAUGUCUCCCAAAGGUCUCACACUGGAAGGCUCGAAACUCAUGAAUUCUACGGAACCAGCCCGCGUUGAGGCACCGACAUCUCCUAGCAGUCAUCUAGCUGUACCUGCGGGAAACAACACGAAUGUGGAAGUCUCGGACCUAUCCGACCAAGAUGGCAACUCGAAACCUCGAUCCGUGCGGGAUUUCAUCUUUCGUCCAGUGGAGGACUAUGUGGCUUCGUGCUUUGCCGGCUGUGCUACGUUGAACAAAUCCUUUCUGACAGUAAGGCCAGAGUUUCAGAGAGCAGCUAGUGAGGGCCAAUCCACUCGGACCGAGCCCAACAAGUCUCAUCUAUCCCCACCUGGCGGUGACAGUGUCCUGUCCGAGGUCGAGGUGGAUGCUAAAACGCUGCUACUUGGAGACAUAGCCGAGAAUAGUUCUUGGUGGACUGGUGAUCGACCAUCACGAGGGUACUCCACACAAAAUCUUGCUCGUGAGCGUUCGCCAGAUUCACGGCGCGGAGCGGUGAGCCAGAAGACUCCACACAUCAACUGGACUGAAGUUAGCUCCUGGUAUCGGUCUGUACUGAAUGCGGGAGUAUCUUGGCAAGACAGUUGGAACGGUCUGCAAGCACGCUCGUCCUCCAGAGCAGCAGCAGCAGCAGCAGCAGGAGCAGCCGAUGUUGAUGCAAAAGCUGCGACCAGCUUAGCAGCAGAAAUAGAGAACGAUCUGCUUGAAAGCAGAAACCAUCUUCAAAGAGUUCUUCUCAAAGCCACAGAAAAUCUGCUGAAACGUCCUAGACGACCGCUCAGACAUGCGGAAGACUGCAGAUUCCUGUUCAUUAUCUUAGCAAAUCCUCUCUUGCUCGCGUCGGAUCCUUCGUCGGCUGCUCGAGGAUCUAAUGUGCAUUCCAUGGCCAGGCGCGCAGGACCUGGACAGCACUCAGGGAUCAUCAAGCGUGUAUUGGGUCUCAUGGCACAUCUUCCGAAUGAGGUACAUCAGUGUUUCGUGGCAUGGUUCUCUCGUCUCCCCGAAGGUCAAUUCGAACGUAUUGUAGAUCUCGUUGGUGGGUUUGUAACAUAUCGGUUGAGCCGACCGGCACAGAAACGAGAAGUGGUCAGUCCAACAGACGGUCUUGUGCCUAGUUUCUCGGAUUCUGGUACCCAGCAUGCUUCUCAAUUGCACGCUGCGCUUGGGGGCAGGCGGUCGGCCUCAUCCAAACCUACCAACAGCAGCGGCAAACCUCAGCUGGCGAAUUAUGGUGAUGACUGGCAAACACGUGCUGCUGCGCGUGUCAUGGCUCUUCUGUUCGCUGCCAACGGGGGCCACUCUUUGAGGAAGAGAGAAGCAUUGCCAGACGAACUCAGAUCACCUAGCGUUGGCUUGACAGCAAAACAUAAAGCGCACGCCCAUGGUCAGCUGAUACCGAUCAGCAGCUUCUACAACACGAUGUUGGAUUAUGCUGAUCUGGCUGCCGACUUCGAGAAUUGGGAAUCCAAUCGGGGAAGGUUCUCGUUCUGUCAGUAUCCAUUCUUCCUGAGUAUCUACGCCAAGAUCCAUCUGAUGGAGAUGGAGGCACGACGGCAAAUGGAAAUCAAAGCAAGGGAGGCAUUCUUUGAUAGCAUUCUCAGUAACAGAGCGGUGAGCCAAUUUCUGGUCUUGAAGGUGCGGCGAGAUUGCUUGGUUGAAGAUUCACUUCGUCGCAUCAGCGAAGUGGUAGGGUCCGGGCAAGGCGAUAUUAAGAAGGGUUUGAGGAUUGACUUCAUUGGCGAGGAAGGGGUCGAUGCCGGUGGCCUUCGGAAGGAAUGGUUUUUGUUAUUGAUUCGCGAGGUCUUCGAUGAGGCGCAUGGACUCUUCGUGUAUGACGAAGAUUCACGAUUUUGCUACUUCAACCCUCAUUGUUUUGAGUCAUCGGAGCAGUAUUUUCUGGUUGGCGUCGUGACGGGACUUGCAAUCUACAACUCCACCAUACUGGACAUAGCCUUUCCUCCGUUUGUGUUCAAGAAGCUCCUGGCGUCGACACCUGUCACUACGAACGUCACUCCUUCAACGCCUCGACUCGCACAUGGUAGCUCUUUGGAAGACCUUGCAGAAUUACAUCCAAGGUUGGCACGCGGUCUCAGUCAGUUGCUCGAGUAUACUGGGGACGUGCAGCAGACCUUCUGCAGAGACUUUGUUGUCGAGGAAGAUCGCUAUGGCGAGAGUGUACAGGUCCCUCUGCUGCCAGGCGGCGAGAAGGUGCCGGUAACGAAUUCGAACUGUCGAGAAUAUGUUGAAUUGUACAUCCACUAUCUUCUGGACAUUUCAGUCAGUCGACAGUAUGAACCCUUUAAACGUGGUUUUUUCACUGUCUGCGGGGGUAAUGCGCUGUCAUUAUUUCGACCGGAAGAGAUCGAACUACUGAUCCGCGGAUCGGAUGAGCCUCUCGACAUCCAUUCGCUCCGCGCCGUCGCCGUAUACGAUGGCUGGCCGCAGGGACGAACACCGGACCAAGAACCACAAGCCCAGUGGUUCUGGGAAGCCUUCGAGAGCGCGAAUCCGGCAAACCAGCGGAAAUUAUUAGCCUUCAUCACCGGCAGCGAUCGCAUACCGGCGAUGGGGGCAACUAAUCUUGUUAUCAAAAUCCAGCUCCUGGAAACGACCAAGAGAAGCGGCAUCAUCGACACGGAGCGCUUUCCGACAGCGCGCACAUGUUUCAAUACCCUGGUCUUGCAUCCAUAUCGGAGCAAGGCGCAAUUGGAGAAGAAGCUCUGGAUGGCAGUCUCGGAGAGCGAAGGGUUUGGCCUCAAAUAA